UAUUGAUUAUUUAAUGAGAGCAAUAUCAUAGAGUGAUAUCGAGAGAAAGAAAAAUGAGGAGAGAGUGUCAUCCUUUGCUUGGAGGUGGAAGCAAAUAUGAGCAUUCUCUUUCUUCAGCUGAGAUGGAAUCCAUUGCAAGCAUAUGUGAGGCUCUGUUGCCUCCUCUGCACUUUCACACAACAGCUAAGUCUCACCAAAGCUUUUGGAAAGCUUCUGGUUCUCAAUUCCCUGUCCCUAAUCAGAUUGCAGAGAUACUGAUAAAAAGAGCUCUAAAAGAAGCAGUGAUACUACUGAGAGUGAUUCUGUGGAUGCUGUCAACAAGACUGGGCACUUUGUUGCUAUGUGGCACUCUCUGUCUGAGUAAGAAAUGGCCCUUCAUCCAUAGCUUCUCAAACAUAUCUUUGGAAAACAGAGAAAAAGUUCUGCAGAAAUGGUUCAAGCAUCGCUUCCUCACACCAAUUAGACUCGCAUUUCUUUACAUCAAAGUCCUUUGCCUCUUUGUUUUCUUCUCUCAGUGUGAUGAGAAGGGUGAAAACCCUGCAUGGGAAGCUAUAGGAUAUAAGGUUGACACUGGUGGGAUAAAAAAGAAAGUUCACAAAGAGAGGCCUCUAGAGAAGGGAAUAGUGGAAGCUAUGAAUGAGAAUGACACAAGUCUUCCUAAGUCUCUUAUUAAGAAAGGUCUUGAAGUUGGUAUAGAUGCUAAAAACAAGGUCCUAAAUAUCAAAUGUGAUGUGAUAAUUGUUGGGUCAGGUUGUGGUGGAGGAGUUGCAGCUGCAGUUUUGGCAAGUUCAGGCCUUAAGGUUCUUGUUCUUGAAAAGGGAAACUACUAUACCCCUAAUGAUUAUUCUUCUCUAGAAGGACCCUCUCUGAAUGAGCUUUAUGAAUCAGGAGGAACUUUUGCAUCAUGGGAUGGGAAAGUUGCACUUUUGGCAGGGUCAACAGUGGGUGGUGGUUCUGCUGUUAAUUGGGCAGCAUCUAUUAGAACACCAGAUUGUGUGCUCAAGGAAUGGGGAAAAGACCACAAGCUACCUCUCUUUUCAAGCCACGAAUAUGUUUCUGCCAUGGACACGGUUUGUAAAAGGAUUGGUGUAACCGACAAGUGUGUGGAGGAAGGGCUCCAGAAUCAAGUUCUUAGGAAAGGUUGCGAGAAGCUUAGUCUUCAAGUUGAUUACGUGCCAAGAAACUCACCAGAGGCUCAUUACUGUGGCUCUUGCAACUAUGGUUGUGCAAAGGGAGAAAAACAAGGAACAGAAGUUACAUGGCUUGUUGAUGCUGUGGAUCAUGGAGCAGUGAUACUAACAAAAACUAAAGCUGAAAGGUUUAUAUUGGGAGAUAACAAGAGAGGGAGUGAGAGAAGAAAGAAAUGCUUAGGAGUGAUGGCAAAUGUUUUAGCAAACAACAUCACUUGGAGGCUGAAAAUUGAGGCCAAAGUCACAGUUUCAGCAUGUGGUGCUCUUUCCACACCUCCUUUGAUGAUCUCAAGUGGAUUGAAGAAUAAGCACAUUGGCAAGAAUCUUCAUAUCCAUCCAGUGCUAAUGGCGUGGGGGUAUUUUCCAGAGUCAAUUUCUGAUCUCAAGGGUAAAAGCUAUGAGGGAGGAAUAAUCACUUCUGUCCACAAGGUGCUAUCAGAGGACUCCACAGUGAAGGCUAUAGUUGAAACUCCAGCAGUGGGGCCAGGAGCCUUAUCUACAUUGGUUCCUUGGGUGUCUGGACUUGACUUCAAAGAGAGAAUGCUGAAAUAUUCAAGGACAGUUCAUCUGAUCACAUUUGUUAGGGACAAGGGUUGUGGAGAAGUGAAGAGAGAGGGUAGGGUGUUUUAUGAGUUAGAUGAAUCAGACAAAGAGAACCUAAGGGAUGGGCUUAAGCAGGCACUGAGGAUUCUAAUAGCAGCAGGAGCUGUUGAGGUAGGUACUCACAGAAGUGAUGGACAGAGAAUUAAGUGUAAUGGGAGUAAUGAGAAGGAAUUGGAGAAGUUUGUGGAGUCGGUGUAUGCAACAGGAGGGGCAAUGUCACAUGAAGAAAAGUGGAGUGUUUAUAGCACUGCACACCAUAUGGGGAGUUGUAGGAUGGGGAAGAGUGAAAAGGAAGGUGCAGUGGAUGAAAAUGGGAUGAGUUGGGAAGCAGAAGGACUAUUUGUUUGUGAUGCUAGUUUACUUCCAACUGCAAUUGGGGUCAAUCCCAUGAUAACUAUACUGUCCACUGCCUAUUGUGUUGCCAACAGAAUUGCAGCAUUCUUGAAAAUAGAAUAGAAUUUGUUGUUGUUGUUGUUGUUUUUUUUUUUCAAGCUAGCAUGUCCCUGACAGUGUAGAUGAACAAAGUAUAGUGCAACAAACAUACAAUAAUAGUUGCAUAGGUUGUUUGGAACUUUGAAUUGAAAAGCCAUUCAUGCUACUAAGAACAUGUGAUUAGCAAUAUUAUGAUUGUUUUCCAUU